CACGACCGCGACCGAGACCCAAGACUGCUGCUGUUGACUCGAGACAUCCCUCGGUAUCCUAUCGAAUGAUGCCCUCAUUUCGAGUCAGCGGUUGACUAGGCUCACAGCGUCACCUCACCACCCACUGACAGUUUCCGCUAGCCGCUCUCGCCUGCGGGGGGUAAAAGAAAAAAGAAAGCUAUCUGAACUUCUCCAGAGCUCUUCCAGUUAACAGCCGACAUGUUCUCUCAACAAGGCAGAAGGGCUUCGCGCGCCUGCGUAUCCUGUCACCAGCGAAAGCUCCGCUGUGACGCAUCCUUUCGCGGCUGCCCGUGUACAAGAUGUCUGCAAGACGGAAAGGAGACUUGUAUUCUUCGUGAGAAGCUUCCUCGCUUCUCGCGGAACGUCUAUCAGAACGCCCUUACAAGCCCACUUACCGCUGAUGACCGCCAGAGUGUUCAGACUGAUGAAGACCGCACACGAGGCGCAUCGCCACCCGGCAGCGUCGAGUUCUCGCGAUACUCGUUUCUGGAACUGAACAAUAUAAAAGCACUCGAUAACGAAGACGUCGCUUAUAUGCGGUCAAAAGGAUGCUUCUCAGUUCCCGACCAGCCCAUUCUCGAGGAAUUUAUAAACCAGUUCUUCCUGCACAUUCAUCCCGAAACGCCGGUGUUGGACGAAGCUCGGUUCUGGCGUCUAUACUUGCAAGCAGGCACUGGGGCAACAAGCCCCGAGCAGAAGAUGUCGCUCUUUGUUUUUCAUGCGAUGCUAUUCAACGCAGUUUCUCAUGUGUCUCUCGAGAGCAUCAAUCGAUGCGGUUUCAGCGACAAAGAGACAGCGAGAGCGUCAUUUUAUAAGCGCGCUAAGCUAUUGUUCGACCUCAGAGCAGAAAACUCUCCACUCAAUAAGGCUCAAGGUGCGGUCCUCCUGUCGCAUCAAGUCUCCCCCGACGACCCUCAGACCGGCAGUCUAUGGCUCGUCUACGCAACGCAGAAUACCGUGAUUCUUGGGCAACAGCCGGUAUCGUUUGCUGGGGACCUUCAAGACUCGAUGAAGAAGCGGCUAUGGUGGUCCAUUCUCCUUCGCGACAGGUGUCUCUGCCUUGGGCUGCGCCGCCGCACUCAAAUCGCCUCGAAGCAUUUCAAUGCAGAGACGAGCUAUUUUGAAGAGGCUGACUUUGCGGACGAGAUUGCGCAUUCGAACGUCUAUGACAAAAAUUCGAAGAAGAUUCUAUUUGAAACGCUACAGCAUCAGUGUCGUCUGGCGGUUCUGGUAACCGAUAUGGCAACAUUCAUGUUCACCACGAACGGCGUAUCGUCACCCUCUCUUUCCUUCAAAGCUUUCCAGUCACAUCGGUGUGAAAUAAAAAGGUUGCGAAGCGAACUUCUACAAUGGGAGAGGAGAUUCACGCCACCGCAGAUGCUGCCUGAUGGUUCAGCUCUUCCACGACCUGUUACAACCUUUAUCAAGGUGACCUACAUGUAUUACUAUGCUGCGCAAUCUAAUCUUUCUCAUUACGAGGCCCUGAUCGUAGAGAGCCACGCAGACUUCGCAGGCAAAAGCUACAAUAGCCAAUUACUUGAUUGUGGCACCUUUCUCAAGGACGCCGUCGCCAGCCUGACUGAAACUAUGGAGUAUUUCAGUGACUGCCAAAACGUGGAAAAUAUCCCACUCUGCACCCUCGCAUUUGUUGCCACGCCGCUGGUUAAUGCUGCCUUUGAUGUCAAGCUCGCGCGAUCGUAUGAGGAGAUGGCUGCCCGGAGACGACAUGUAGACCUUCUGGCAGAUAUUUAUCGCCGACUCGCCCUGAUCUACAAUGUCACCAACUACGUCGCGGUCGGAACAAACCAGAUCCUGAAGCUCGUUUACAGUUUAUCUCAGGAGCUCCUACUGAGGGCCGACCAGUCGGACGCGUCGACCGUUCCGUCUGCAAAGGGUGCUCCCAUGGGAACCAAUGUGAAGAUGAACCUGACCAGCCGCAUAACGAACUGGAUGGAGGUGUUCGUCUACUAUCCCCGAGCAUACCUCUUGAUCUCGACUUCAGUCGACUACAGCCUCUCCGUCGGGCGCCUCCCCCAUGAUAAUGAUAUUCCUGAGUUCCUUCGAAAUAUACUUCCGGGUACUCCAAAGGUCACGCUGCCAUGGAUGGCGAAGACGGACCUGAUCAACCCGACAAACGUUGCUGGUCCAGACUUCUGGUGUCCAUCAUAUUGCGCGCCUGCACGGCCACUCUCUCUCAUUCGGCCGCAGAACGAUGGAUUAUCUCUGCCUGGUUCUGCGGGAAGUGGAUCAAUGGUAGGAACAUGCAAGGCCCCCCUCCAGCUUCAAACCAUGCCUGGAGCGUUAUGGCAGGACGGCACUGAGUAUGAUAGCAUGCACAACUAUCAGACGACACCGGUGACGUUCGAGCAAGGGCCAAUCAAUCUGGACAUGAUGAACCCGAUGCCGCCAACACCUGUGCCAUUUUUUCAGCCAUCCGCAAGUCAGGCUUUAGGCUAUGGACAGUAUGGACGAAUUGGGGAUAUUCCAACACCGGUAAUGGGAAGUGAAAUGGGCGGAUCUGGUGAUCUUGGCCAAGUAUACAUGACAGAUGACGACAAUAUCGCGCCUAACCUGUGGGUGCUUGACUAUUAUAAUGAGACGGCCAGUAACGGCCCUUCAAUGCUCUAUUCCCUGACGUAUCCCCCACCUCCGCACUACCCAAACGACGAUCAGGCCCGGGGCCAUGGCGGCUUGGUUUAAGCCAAGCUCCUAAUAGUCCAUCCUGGACACCCUUGCCGUUUCCGACCCGAGAUGCCGCGGGAGCGUGAUUCCUGCAAAAGCUUAGUCUGGUCUUUCAAGGGUAUACUAGUCGCCAGUAGCGGGGAUGAUGCAUCUAUCUAUUGGCUCAUACUUCCGGCUCUUGUUGAUUUU